ACUUUUGAAGGUUAUAUUUAUUUAUAAUUUAUUGCAAUUUUCUCAAAAAAAAAAAAAAUAAAUAAAAUGGGCGAACAACUGGACUGGCCUUGGCAAUACAAUUUUCCGCCCUUUUUCACUUUGCAGCCGCACGCGGAAACCCGAGCCAAACAAGUGCAGGCAUGGAAAACCCUCAUAUUGGAUUAUUGUAAGAAGUGUAAAUUAUACUCCAUAGAUGUAAGAGAGGCGGGCAAUUUAGUGUUGUUUAAUAAUUCCAGUAUAAAUAGGAAAUUGGAGCAAGAUGUGAUAUUGUCUCUUUUACUUGAGCUGCAAAAAACUGGACAUGCAAGUUUUAUUGAUAAGUCGAAACACCGUUGGCAAAUUUACUGGCACACCCUGGACGAGUGGGGCUCAAUAAUCUACGACUACAUACAAUCAUCUGGUCUACAGAAUUCAGUAUUGACUUUGUAUGAACUAUCACAGGGUGAUGAGGUACGCAACGAAGAGUUUUUUGAGAUGCAACAAGAGGUACUUAUCAAGGUACUGCAAGUACUAGAAGAAACAAGAAAGUGUGAACUGAUUUGGUCGGAUGGGGAUCCAGGAGUUAAGUUUUUUUAAGCGAAUGUCUAUUAAUAUUAUGUUUAUAUGCUUUUUAAGUUUAAUUAUAGAGUAUAUUUGAUUUUU